AUGCUUUGCGCUGUUGAACGUAUAAAUCGUGAAUGUGGUAGUCAUUUUGGUUUUGUUGUUAAUUCAAUAUUUCCUGAAUUAAUACAAUGUCUUGAACAAUCAUUUAAUAUAUUAUUUUUUGUUGAAUUAACAAAUAUUUUGGAUGAAACACUUUUAAGUUUAACAUAUGAAUGUCGUAAAAAUUAUAAAAAUUUAGUUAUUGAAUAA